UCUCAUGUCAACAGUGUCUUUUCACUGAAUUCUUUUGAGGUGGCAUUAGGUGCUGCUGAAGUGAGCUGUGGAAAAACGUCAUCCUUCGCACUUCUAUGCUUUAAAAGAAGAGUGUGUGUGUAUGCAAGUAUGUAGAUAUGUAACCGACCAAUACGUAUUCAUACUGUCUGCAUACGAAUCUAAUACUACAUACUGCAUGUAUAUAUAUUGCUAGUGAACAUCGUCCUUGAUUCUGUAGUAACGUAGUUAAUCUCUAUACAUAUAGAUUUCCAUGAAAUCCAUAUGAAGAAUAUUUUAGUUUCCGGUACUCUUCAUUUGCAAGACUAAAAUGCCAAUUGAAGUUUUUAGUCAAACACGUGACCGUGAAAAAGCAGUCUACUUUAGUUUCAGUAUGGCAAAAGUCGCAUAGCUAGGCCUAACGAUGACAGAGAAUUUUGAGGGCUUGAAUGAAGUGUUGCCAAGUACUCUAAGAAAAAGAGAGCAACAAAAAAAUUUCACUUACUCUCAAGUAUAUAUCUAUCGGAAGUGAUCGCACACCUUGUGGCUGUAGAUUCACAAAGAGAUGGAUUACUUAGUUUUGAUCUUGUGUUUGUACCUCCUCUGGGGCUUGUUCCAAGCUCUCUCCUUCGUCGCCAGGGGAGGCCGAAAAGCUCGGCCCUUCAACCUCCCCCCUGGUCCACGGCCUCUUCCGAUCAUUGGCAACCUCCACCAGCUCGGAGAUCUUCCCCACAAGUCCCUCGCCAAGCUCGCUCGCGCUUAUGGCCCCAUCAUCAAGCUGGAACUCGGCUUUGUGACCACGGUGGUGAUCUCUUCACCGGCGCUGGCCAAAGAAAUCCUCCAAACCCACGAUGCUGUCUUCUCGAAUCGUAUGGUUCCAGAUUCCGUCAUGGCCCAUGACCAUGACAAACUAAGCGUGGUCUGGGUACCUGUGUCUCCUCUCUUCCGAUACCUCAGGAAAAUAUACAACUCGCAUAUCUUAUCAGGCAAGAAACUCGACUUGAACCAACACCUUCGCAGCAAGAAAGUGCAAGAGCUGAUCACCUCUGUUAGGAAAUGCGCGUGCGCUGGUGAGGCAGUGAAUAUCGGUGACGCAGCUUUCAGGACCACCAUUAACGCGAUAUCAAACACGAUUUUCUCUUUGGACAUGAUGGAACCUUUGAAUCCAGCCAGAGAGCUGAAGGAAGUGGUGUGGCAAAUCGUGGUUGAGGCUGGAAAGCCAAACCUGGCAGAUUACUUUCCCGUGCUCAAGAAAAUCGGCCUGCGUGGUUCGAAGCAUCGCCUCGAGGCGCAUUUUGAGAAGAUUUUCAACAUCUUUGACGACCUGACCCAGAGAAGGUUGCAGCUGAGGACGGAGACCGGUUCGGAUAAGUGUAACGAUGUUUUGGAUAAUCUUCUUGAUUUAGUUGAAGAUAAAAAUGAGACCCUGGACAUGUCCUUGGUCAAGCAUCUAUGUCUGGACAUAUUCGUCGCCGGUGGCGAAACUACUGCGAGUACUCUGGAGUGGGCGAUGACAGAACUACUUUGCAACCCAGAAAAGCUAUUAAGAGCCCAAGCCGAGCUCCAUCAAGUCAUUGGCAAAGGCAAGCAGAUUGAAGAAGCCGAUAUUCCUCGCUUACCCUAUUUACAAGCUAUCGUAAAAGAGAAUUUCCGACUUCACCCAGCAGCUCCUCUCCUUGUUCCUCGGAAAUCCAGAGAAGAUUUCAUUGCAGGUGGUUUCACGAUUCCAAAGGGUGCACAAGUCCUCAUCAAUGUAUGGGCGAUGGGUCGAGAUCCUAGCAUUUGGGACGAUCCAGACAAGUUCAUGCCCGAGAGAUUUCUUGGAUCGGAUAUCGAUGUUAGGGGACAAAACUUCGAGCUCCUACCUUUCGGUGGUGGCAGGCGGAUUUGUCCGGGAUUGCCAUUGGCCACGAGAAUGUUGCCUUUGAUGCUCGGUUCGCUCAUUAAUAUUUUCAAUUGGAGGCUUGAAGAAGGCGUUGCCCCUGAGAACAUGAACAUGGAAGACAAGUUCGGAAUAACCAUCCAACGGGCUGAGUCUCUAAAGGCUGUGCCCAUUCCUAUAUGAAAGAAGAAAAAGAAAUGCGUGUUAAGGGUUACAUUCUACGUAAUUGUUAUCGAUUAUGUUCGUCGCGUGGUUUAUUUUGUAGAAAAAAGUUUAUACAAUAUUUUUGGUAAAAUACACAUAUUUUCUUGAAUUUAGAUUCCGGCAAAACAACUAUAUAUUAGAGAGGAAUAAGAAUUUCCUCGAUCCCAUGUUAAACCUGGAAGUGAAUAUAAUUUCCCAGUUUCCAUGGUGAUUAAGAAGAAAUUUAGGUAGAUUCUCGAUGUAUUGUGAGGCU